AUGUUUCGUGAUUUAACUAAGAAGCUUCAAGAACAAUUCCGACUUCCAAAAUUUCCAAAGGAACCUAUAGAGGAGAAUAGUUUACCUUUUAAGAUUGGUUCCAAUAUAUCGAUAAAAAACUACAACAAAUUUCUUGAAAGCCGUGAACUAUCUGGGUACAAGCUUGAGUAUAAUAACGGCAACGUUUUUAUUAUUGAUAUGUGCACACAAGAACAUGAAGGUGUUGUUGUACUAUUGCAAGAUUAUUUCAAAAUUCCAAAUGGUGGCGUUAUUAUUAAUCCACCAAUAAUCGUUUCGGGUCAACCACUUCAUCCUUCACCAAAUGCAAAUAUUGCACCGAAUGUUGCAGUAUAUCCGGAUGAGGCAUACAUUCCAAGACCUCCCAAUACUGGACUUGGACAUCCCCCAAGCGACACAAGGGGGAAUUCUCAUGCUAGAAUAGUAUGUGAGGUUGCAGUUAGUCAAAGUUACCGUGGAUUGAAAAAUAAGUGUAAACUUUGGAUGAGUCAGCAAUAC